AGCCUGUUUUAAAGUCUCUGCCAGACUCAGGCUCACAUGCUACUUCCUGGAUGGAAGAAUGGAAAGCUUCCAGCUCAGCUCCAACUAUUCCUUUUCUGUUUUUGCAAGAGCCGCUCCAGCUCCUCUCUGCAUGGACUAUUGCUCCUGCUAGUAGACAAUUCUUUUAUUUUUCUCCCUCCACACCACCCGCGGUACAUAAACUAAAGAGGGCUUCAUCACGACUCCUUUGCCCGUCAUGAAUUUCCGUGAGGAUAUGAAGAAGCUGUUUGCAUGAAGGAGAUUUUAAGCAAGUAGGACUGUGUCUUUGCCAUUGUAACUUCAAGAAUUCCUCGAAACAGAAGCUAGCAUUUGUUGCUGCCGAGUUACAUCUGGCCCCGCGGUUUUGCCUCAGUAACUUGUUUUUUCUCUUAUUCGUUUGCCUUUGCUCUUUUUUGCACGUUUAACUUUUGUCAGUAGUUGGCUUUUGUUGCUCUCGAUGUGUAUUGUGACAUGCGGAGGCUACUGGAAUCGUGUCGCUGGUGGAUCUUUUCUUUGAUUUUGUCUGCCUCUGUGCUUUUCUGGGCCGACUGUCAUCCUGCUCUGACAGAAGGUCAGCUUGGAUCUUUACAAGGAGUGGAGCAUGGAAGAACUGCUCGGAUACGACACAGGAGAGUGGCUGGACUCCCCUACUGGGCCUAUUCAGGAACGUAUGGGCCUGACAGUUGGGUUUCAGCAAAUCCAGAUUGCAGAGGAAAGCACCAGUCUCCCAUCGACAUUGUAGACCAAGAUGCAAAAGUUUCAUCUGAAAAUCAAGAGUUAAACCUUGAAGGUUUUGAUACUGAGUCAUCAAAUAAGACUUGGAUGAAGAACACAGGAAAAACUGUUGCUAUCUUGCUGAAGGAUGAUUAUUUUGUCAGUGGUGCCGGCCUACCAGGCAGGUUCAAAGCUGAGAAAGUGGAGUUCCACUGGGGCCAGAGUAACGCUUCAGCAGGCUCUGAGCACAGCAUCAAUGGCAGAAGAUUUCCAGUUGAGAUGCAGAUAUACUUUUAUAAUUCAGACGAUUUUGACAGCUUCAGUACUGCUGUUAAUGAAAAACGAAUAAUAGCAGCAAUGGCCGUGUUCUUCCAGGCUGGGCAGAAGGACAAUCCCGCAGUGGACUCGAUUAUCCAUGGGCUGAAGGGCGUCGUUCAUCACGAGAAGGAAACCUUUCUGGAUCCUUUUGUGCUGAGAGAUUUGCUGCCAUCUUCAAUUGGAAGCUAUUACCGCUACGCUGGCUCCCUGACAACACCGCCAUGCAGUAAGAUUGUAGAGUGGAUCGUUUUCAGCAGACCGGUGUUUCUGUCGUAUCACCAGCUGGAAGCUUUUUAUUCCAUAUUCACAACGGAGCAGCAGGACCAUGUCAAAUCGGUGGAGUACUUGAGGAACAAUUUCCGACCACAGCAGAGCCUGGACGACAGGGUGGUCUUCAAAUCUGCUGUCAAAGACGCUUGGAUACAGGACCUGACGGACAGUCUGGGGAGUCCGCAUGGAACUGAAGCCUCGAAAGUGUGCAGCAGUGCCCCUGUAAACAUGAAAGUCCAGCCAGUCAACAGCACAGCAUUAGUGGUGAGCUGGAAUAGGCCUGAAACUGUCUAUCACCCUCCCAUCAUCAAUUUCAUGAUCUCAUACAGCUGGACCAAGAACGAAGAGCCCAAUGAGCAGACCUUCUUCAAAGACAGUGACCAGGACCUGGAGGCUGUCAUCAACCAUGUGUCACCAGACAUUCUGUACUUGUUCCGAGUCCAAGCAGUAUGUCAGAAUGACAUGAGGAGUGACUUCAGUCAGACACUGCUCUUUCAGGCAAACACAACUAGAAUAUUUGAAGGCACAAGAAUAGUGAAGACAGGAAUGCCUACUGCCUCCCCUGCCUCCUCAGCAGACAUGGCACCAAUAAGUUCUGGGUCUUCAACAUGGACUUCAUCCGGACUCCCGUUCUCUUUUGUCUCUAUGGCGACUGGAAUUGGACCCUCUUCCAGUGGGAGCCAGGCCACAGUGGCCUCAGUGGUGACCAGCACCUUUCUUGCUGGCCUGGGCUUCAGUGGUGGUGUUAUUUCCUCCUUCCCCAGUUCUGUGUGGCCAACCCGACCCCCACCUGCUGCAUCUACAACAACCAAACAGUCGGUGAAGCCAGUUGUGCCUGCCACUGAGUCUGUCUCGUCUCAAGGCUCUGAUGGUGACACUGUGGCCAAAGACGGGGAGGGGGCUGAAGAAGGUGGGAAAGGUGGCAAAGGGGAAGGCGAAGAUGGAGAGAAAGACGGGGAGGAGGAGGAAGAACAGGAAAAUGACGUCAAGGACAAGAAAGUGUCGCCAGAAGUCAAAGAAACUCAGGAUAACAAGACCGAAGUGAAGGUACCCACCACAGCCUCUCCAACAUCAACUGCUAAAGAGAAAAAAGAAGAGGAUAAUGGUGCUGAAACUGUGGAGACACCACCGCAUGCAUUCCCAACUGAAACCCUCGAAGACCAGCUCAUGCAAGGGACAAAGAGCCCAGCAGAAGUUGACACACUAGCUCCCAACAUGGAGUCACCCAACAGUACUUCUGAAACACAGGAUCCUGAAAGGCCAUCAUUGACCACCAAACCAGACAGCGAAGAGAGGAAUAUCUGGCCCUUCUCAAUUCAUACAGAAAGAAAUACUGUUUCCAACAUGACAAGGCAUCCCUCGUAUGUUUCAAACAAGAUGGAGUGGAUCAUCCCUUUGGUUGUUGUCUCCGCUCUGACCUUUGUGUGCCUCAUUCUUUUGGUGGCUGUGCUGGUAUACUGGAGGAGGUGUUUCCAGACAGCUCAUUUCUAUGUGGAGGACAGCAGCUCUCCCAGAGUGGUACCCAAUGAAAGCAUACCAGUUAUACCAAUACCAGACGAUAUGGAGGCCAUUCCAGUCAAGCAGUUUGUGAAGCACAUCUCUGAGCUCUAUUCUAAUAACCAACAUGGAUUUUCAGAGGAAUUUGAGGAAGUGCAGCGGUGCACUGCUGACAUGAAGAUCACAGCAGAACACUCCAAUCACCCAGACAACAAGCACAAGAACAGAUACAUCAAUAUUGUUGCAUAUGAUCACAGCAGGGUGAAACUGCGCCCUCUAGCUGGAAAGGAUGCAAAACACAGUGACUACAUUAAUGCGAAUUAUGUUGAUGGCUACAACAAGUCAAAGGCCUACAUUGCAACACAGGGACCUCUGAAGUCCACUUUUGAAGACUUUUGGAGGAUGAUUUGGGAACAGAACACAGGGAUCAUUGUUAUGAUCACAAAUUUAGUCGAGAAAGGCAGGAGAAAAUGUGAUCAGUAUUGGCCAACAGAAAACAGCGAAGAAUACGGAAACAUCAUUGUGACACUGAAGAGCACCCAAGUGCAUGCGUGCUACACGUUACGGCGCUUCACAAUACGGAAUACAAAAAUCAAAAAGGGUCAGAAAGGGAACCCUAAGGGACGUCAGAAUGAGCGGACUGUGAUCCAGUAUCACUACACACAGUGGCCUGACAUGGGUGUGCCAGAGUAUGCUCUGCCUGUCCUGACCUUUGUCAGGAGAUCAUCAGCUGCCAGGACUGCAGACAUGGGCCCAGUGCUGGUGCAUUGCAGCGCUGGUGUUGGAAGAACUGGAACAUACAUUGUAAUUGACAGCAUGUUACAGCAGAUAAAAGAUAAAAGCACAGUCAAUGUCCUCGGUUUCCUCAAACACAUCAGGACACAGCGCAACUACCUCGUCCAGACUGAGGAGCAGUACAUCUUUACCCAUGAUGCCUUGCUGGAAGCUAUCCUUGGCAAAGAAACAGAAGUAUAUGCCAGUCAGCUACACAGCUAUGUCAAUAGCAUCCUCACCCCCGGGCCUGGUGGAAAGAUGCAUCUGGAAAAGCAAUUUAAGCUGGUGACUCAGUGCAAUGCCAGAUAUGUGGAGUGCUUCAGUGCCCAAAAGGAGUGCAACAAAGAGAAAAACAGAAACUCAUCAGUGGUGCCAUCGGACCGUGCAAGGGUAGGUCUUGCACCUCUUCCUGGCAUGAAAGGUACAGACUACAUCAAUGCCUCUUACAUAAUGGGCUACUACAGGAGCAAUGAGUUCAUCAUAACACAGCAUCCCCUGCCUCACACUACAAAAGACUUCUGGCGGAUGAUUUGGGACCACAAUGCUCAAAUCAUUGUCAUGCUGCCAGAUAACCAGAGUUUGGCUGAGGAUGAAUUUGUAUAUUGGCCGAGCCGUGAAGAAUCCAUGAACUGUGAGGCCUUUACUGUAACCCUGAUUAGCAAAGACAGACUCUGCCUUUCAAAUGAAGAGCAAAUUAUCAUACAUGAUUUUAUCCUGGAAGCAACACAGGAUGAUUAUGUGCUGGAAGUCCGUCAUUUUCAGUGCCCCAAAUGGCCAAACCCUGAUGCCCCAAUUAGCAGCACCUUUGAACUUAUCAAUGUAAUCAAGGAAGAGGCAAUGACCCGAGAUGGACCAACCAUAGUGCAUGAUGAGUUUGGUGCAGUUUCAGCAGGAAUGUUUUGUGCCCUUACAACCCUAUCUCAGCAGCUUGAGAACGAAAAUGCUGUGGACGUUUAUCAAGUUGCUAAAAUGAUAAACCUCAUGAGGCCAGGAGUUUUCACAGAUAUUGAACAAUACCAGUACCUUUACAAAGCAAUGCUCAGCUCGGUCAGCACGAAGGAGAAUGGAACUGGCCCUCUGGCAAUUGAUAAAAAUGGCACUGUUGUGAUAACAGAUGAAUCGGACCCUGCAGAAAGCAUGGAGUCUCUUGUUUGAAGAUGGAAAACCUUGGGAGAGGCACUUCAUUUGUAAAACACAAAGGACUAGGCAGACUUUUUUGAGGCCUUUUUUUGCCAGACUCUUGGUUAAAAAAAACCUGAUUACUUUUUUACACUGAUAUAAAGUUUUUGAUAUUUAUUUUUUGCCAUUUUAUGUCUUAAUGUUGUCCUACUGAGCGUUCGCACCUGCGUUUAAUUUCACACGAGGAAACACAAUUCUUCCUAGUUUGCACUAUAUUAUCAGUGUUACUGCCUAUAAUAAUCCAAUUGACAAUGUUGGUCAUUGAGCCCUAACGUGACAUUCCAUGGCAGCCCUCAAUUCUUUUGCUCUCCAACCAUUUGGAAAAGGAAGUGAUGUAUCACCUGCUGUUUAUUAUAGUAAAGAAGACAAUGGAUGGUGCAGUCAGGAGAUUGCUUUUUAGCAAUCUGUUUAAAUGCAUUGAAUAACACACGUAGCAUUACGAAGUCAUGGUUCUCUGUAGUGUAACUAUGCUUUGUUCUGUACAGUUAAAUGAUGUACAUUUGUUUUGCUUAGAAAUGUACCAGGCUCAUUUCUAUAAUCCAUGUAGCAAUAGGCUCUUUUUUGUAUUUUAUUUUUUUCCUUCAGGUUACUGUUAUUUUUUAAGUCAAGUCCAUAUUUUAAAAGGUGGUAUAAUAAAAAAACUACUGUGAAGUUAGAUUUUUAGGCAGAUUUUUUUAAUAUACCAAACUUGGUUUUUUGUAAGUGUCUUUAACCUUGACCUCCUUCAACUUUCCCUAGUCCCACUUCCUAGAAAUGGCAUAUUGAUUUCAGAGUAAAGACUCAUUUAAUUUAAAGCCAAAAAAGGUGAAUUUGUGUUGUUAAUAUUCAAUACGAGAACAAUUAUGUGACAAAUUACUUAAUAACUGAAAACAUGUAAACUGUGUAAUGUUUACUGUCCCUGUGUAGGGACCAUGGUUUUUAUCAUGGUCUGCUGCUUCUAAUGUAAUGCUGAUAACAACAAAGUGAGGCAAUACAGAGCACCAGUUUAGGAUUCUAGAUAAAGUGUGGGGAUCCUGCAGCAUUUGUUGGAAUAAGUUCCAUCCUUGGUUACGGAAAAAUAACAUUUUAAAUUAAUUAUAAAAAAUCUACUUUAAAGACUAGACUUCUUUAAUUCUAUGUGCAGGAUGAAUUUAAGAUUUGUUUUUAUCCAUUAUGCAUCAUAUUAUUAUAACUGUUCCCUGGGUUUAAUUUGCUAGUGCACUAAAUCAUCACGCAUCAUGUAAACAAUUUUUUCAAAGUGGUCUCAUUAUUUAAGCAGUGGCCUCGGUAAAAUGGCAUUGAGCUUGAAUGUUCACUGUAUCACUGAUUAAGGGAUGUGCUAUGCACUUGAAUAACUUUUUGCUUUGUUUUGGGGUCUCAAGUCCCUUAUCCAACAUUUUUCACGGAGAUGCAUCACAUUUUAUAACUAAUUAUAACUAAAUUCAAUGCCUUGAAUUGCUCUUUGCCUCAAAACAGUGUCUGGUUGUAAAAAAAAUCAUGUUUAGGCACAAAAAAAGUUCAAAUUUGAAUUAAAAUUAAACUUUUGAAAUGCAACCCAUUAUACAGCACAACUGCCUUGAUAUUAGAAUUUUUGUGUUGUAUUUCUUGAUAGAAAAUUUGGGAAAAACAGAAUCAACUUUACCAAAGAUAUUGGACUAAUUUCCACAAAGAACAGAGCUUUUUCUUCUGCUAAUGUUUAAGUUUAACUAUGUUUCAGUCCCAGUGAUUGAAAGAAAUUUCAGGUUUGCUUGACAUUCAUUUGUUUGCUGGUGGUAAUUAUAUAAUGCCAACAUUUUGCUGAUUAUUUGUUUAUUUUUUAUUUAUUUUCACAGCACAUAGCAAUUGAGUAAAUGCUUACUCUUGUAUUCCCUUUCAUAUUAAAGAAUAUUCUGUAGUUCUCUGAUAACAGCACAUUCUAGGCCUUAGCUCUUACUGCUUCAGUUGCCCUUACAAUAUUUGUUUUGUAAGCCACGCAAACAGGAACAAGAAAAUAGUUUUUCAUGUAAAGAUAUAAAUAACAAUAAUAUUAACAGGCUGUAAUCUGGGAGAAAAUCAACCAUACCACCAUUAUCAUCAUAAAUCUCCAGUGAAAUUGCUGUUUAUUAUUCACAAAGGGAGACUUUUUCUACAUCUGACAUUUAACUUGUAAAAUUAGGCAAUGAAGCGAAACAUUCAAAUUUUGUUUCUUUUCUUGUCUCCUAAUGAGGAGAUCGUUAAAUGAAGUCACAGCUCUCCAACAUUUGGGGUAGUGACUUGAUUCUUGAUUAUUUGUGAAGGCAUUGUAGGGUAACUAGCAAAUUUACUUUAAAAAAACAAAUCACAGUUUGCUUAUAUCACCCACUACUUUUAUUCCAUUUUUAACACUAGUGUGUAUCAUAAAAAUGUACAUAAUUUGUUGCUUUACUAACCAUCUUCUGGAAACUUUGUAUCUAUGGUAUAUAAUCAUAGAAUUUUAUAUUUUCAUAUAAAGCUAUUUUUUUUCUAGUUUCAACUCCUUCAUAGUUUUUUGUGGUGGAUAUGUGGAAACUUAAGUCUCCGUGCAUUGAAGUAGUGAGUACUGUCAUCACAUUCCAAAAGAAUUCCACUCGUACUAUAAUUUUGAAGCAGUGAUUGUGAAUUAUUGGAUUCUUUUUAGUUUUUUUUUUACAAUUCUGUUGUCAGUGUGUGCAAUAGAAAUAGUACCAGCCAGUCACUGAAUAAGUUUUUCAUUUACCCAUUUGAAAAAUGUGGGCGUUUCUCCUCUUUUGUAACUUGAAAGAUUUUUUUGUUUUGUUGAAAGCUAUAUCAAAUCAUUCUAUUAUAGUGUUAUUUAAUAUGUAAAUUGUAUUGCUAUACAUAAAAUAAAGUAUGGGUUUUGAUGUAC